AUGUCCAUUGCUUCGAACAUUUCCCUGGUGAACAACCUCUCAAUUAUUUAUUAUUGCUCACUAAAGAUGACAUUAAGCGAAUUAGAAGAAGAAGCACGGAAGCGCAAAGAACGUUUGGCUCAGUGGAAAACUAACAAACAAAGUGCAGUCAGUAAACGAAAAGAAUAUGAAGACGACGAGAAAGAAACUGACGAUGUACCGGAAGAAAAUACUGAGUUUCCUAAACCAAUCUUUCGCAAUUAUAAGCCCAACGAUUCUGGUCCAUUGUCCGGUGCAAUUGUUCUGCCAAAACCCAAGUUAAUCGACGUGAAAUCGAUUAUUGAAGAUCAAGCAAAAUCAACGAGUUCCAAUGACAAAACAGUUCGUGAUAUUGCUGAAGAUGUCGAUUUAUUAUCACUAGCGCCGCGUAAACCUGAUUGGGAUCUGAAACGUGAUGUCGAAAAGAAACUGAAGCGUUUAGAAAAGCGUACAGCACGUGCGAUUGCGGAGUUGACACGUGAACGUUUGUUAAAUGAUCAAAAACAAUCUUUAGCUGAAGUUGUUGCGACAACUUCAAAACUAAACGAAGCAGCACAAGACGAUGAUGACGAUUGA